GAGGCUUCAAUUGCUUUCAGGAUGUAGUUUUGGCCAGUAUAAAGGGAAAUAGAGCACCAUCAAGGUUCAAGUUUAUACUGGCCUGACAGAACCUAUGGUGCUGAAUCUCGUAAAAGCCAUGCACAAUUUUUCAUUGUCUCAAUCAUGCGGAGAUAUUUUUUCUCUCCUGCCUAAAAUUUUUUUUUUUAUGGGUACAUCUCUAAAUUUUAUCACACAAACAGGGUGACGCAGCGCAUUCGAGCGUGCAAAGGUAAACAGCAGGGUAUCAGAGACGAAUUCUCCUUGCACCGUUCGUUUUAAAUUCGCAAUGUCUGAAGUCGAAGAAGUCAACACCAUUAAGCUCGCCACCGCUGGUUUCGAUGCUCGCUUCCCUAACACCAACCAGACCAAGCACUGCUGGCAAAACUAUGUUGAUUACCACAAGUGCGUCAACGCUCGUGGUGAGGAAUUCGCUCCCUGCAAGCAAUUCUUCCGCGCUUUCCACAGUCUCUGCCCUAACGAAUGGGUCAGCAAGUGGGACGAACAGCGCGAGAGCGGUAACAACCCCUCCAACUUUGACGUUUAAAAACCUGCGGGAUAGUUGUCCAUAGACUUUUUGUUAAAACCGAUCAUUUCAAUUAAAUGUUUUACUGCCAUUUUUUUUCCACUUUGGAACCAGUUUAUAAAGAGAAAUUUGCGGGAAAGAAAAAUGAAUGGAGGUAUGGUGUGGCCUGAUAGCAGGAGAGAGCUG